CAAAAGUUCCGGACAUGAACUUAAACUGUCACAAUGGCUAUUUUUAUAGCCACAAAUUUAAAAAAACAUUAUUUUUUGGUUUCUCUUAUUCUGAAAGACUAGCUAGAGAUUGGCUUUUGUUGAUGGUUCACUCUAGAAAUGCCAAUUUCAUUUUUAUUAUGGAAUUAGGCAGAUUAAACCAUAUUACUACCAAGGCUAAGUACGUAGUGAUGAUGAUGGAUCAGUUCUUCAAAUCAAAGAAGGCAAAACUUACAUCCCAAGAGCAACGUAUAUCAAAACCAAUCAAAAAUCUCCCUUGGGUAGAAAAAUAUCGUCCAAGAACAGUUCAAGAUGUGGCACACCAAGAUGAAGUGGUUGCUGUUUUGCAGAACACUGUGAAAGGAAGUGAUUUUCCAAAUCUUCUGUUUUAUGGUCCUCCUGGUACUGGAAAGACAUCAACUAUACUAGCUGUAUGUAGACAGUUGUUUGGACAUGAUUUAUACAGAAGUCGUGUUCUUGAACUAAAUGCAUCUGAUGAGCGUGGUAUCCAGGUUGUGCGAGAUAAAGUAAAAAAUUUUGCAACCCAAGCCGUUUCAGGACAGAAACAGGAUGGCACACCAUGUCCACCUUUUAAGAUUGUCAUAUUGGAUGAAGCUGACUCUAUGACAACUCAUGCUCAGGCAGCAUUGAGGCGCACUAUGGAAAAACAAACAAAAACAACAAGAUUUUGUCUCAUAUGCAAUUAUGUUAGCAGAAUUAUUGAACCAAUCACAUCACGUUUGGCAAAAUUUCGAUUCAAGCCAUUGGCUAUAGAAACUAUACGUGGAAGGUUACAAAUGAUUACCAAAGCAGAAGCAGUUGAUAUCGAGGAAAAGGCAGUUGAAGAGGUCAUUAAAGCAUCUGAAGGCGACAUGAGAAAAGCCAUUACCUACCUUCAAAGUGCUCAUCGACUGAAGCUUGCAGAAACCAUAACUACUAGUGACAUCAUUGAAAUGGCAGGCGUAAUUCCGGAAGAUGUACUAAAAUCACUCAUUGAGACGUGUUAUUCUGGUUCGUUUGACAAGCUAGAUGACGAAGUCAAGGGAAUGAUAAAUGAAGGGUACUCUGCAAGUCAGGCUGUAAACCAGUUGCAUGAUAAACUAGUUAUACUGGAAUCAAUUAGCGAUAAUCAGAAAUCUGUUAUUCUAGAAAAGUUUGCAGUGGUGGAUAAAUGCCUCUGCGAUGGAGCCGACGAGUACUUACAAAUAAUGGCAGUUUGUACUGUCAUCAUGGAUCAGCUGUGUAAAAGCGGUUAAGCGGAUUGUUCUCAGCAUGGAUCAACAGCCUAAAGAUAAAUGUCGAUAAAUACCACACUUGUAAUUUUUAAAGAAAUUAGAUCUUUUUAUUGAA